AUGUCCCUUGAAACAACUACCCCCAAAGUGAUCCCGCUACCUCCAGCGCCCUCCGAUGACUACUUCUCGGAGUUGCAAUGGAAGACACUAUUCGCUCUGGCCGAUGCUGUCAUCCCCUCUAUCCACAAUGCUGCAACAACCAAAUCAUCGUCCAAAAAAGUCAUCACAGAUGCAGAGUGGAAUUCAACCGUUUCCAACCUGUCUAACAUGAUCGGUGGGCCCGAUGCCACAAAGAUCGCAACUCAGUAUCUACAUGAGGAUGUGUCUUCGAAUCCAGUCUUCCGCGGUAUCGUGGUACGCACCUUGGGCAACUAUGUGCACGACGAGGGACGGAACGGGUUCGGCGCGAUUAUGAAUGCGCUAAACACCCGCGCGGGCUCAUUAAUCUUGACCGGCUCAACAACUCCCAUCCAGGACCAAUCGAUUGAAUUUCGGGAGAGAAUUUUCCGCGGAUGGGAGACUUCGCGAUUGCCUCCAAUGCGUAAGGUCUACCGAGGACUCUCUGCCAUUGUAAAGAAAUCCUGGGCUAUGAGCAGCCCGACCAUCGGAUCUGUUCUGGGUUUCCCACGAGUUCCUGUCCACGGAAAGCCGGCUGACGGCUUUGAAUAUGAAUUUUUGCAAUUUCCCCCAGGUAACGAGCUGGAAACAAUCGAGACGGAUGUUGUUAUCAUCGGAAGUGGCUGCGGUGGAAGUGUAACAGCUAAGAAUCUGGCCGAAGCAGGUCAUCGCGUGCUAGUUGUCGAAAAGUCCUAUUCUUACCCGUCCAGCGUGUUCCCCAUGGAACCAAGUGAGGGUUACACUAAUAUGUUCGAAAGUGGAGGUGCUGUCUUCAGCGACGAUAGUACCAUGGCAGUUCUUGCAGGUUCUACCUGGGGAGGUGGUGGCACCGUGAACUGGUCCGCCGCUUUACAAACCCAGGGAUAUGUCAGACAGGAAUGGGCCGAUACCGGUCUGCCCUUUUUCACCUCUCUCGACUUUCAGAGGAGUCUCGAUCGCGUCUGUGACCGUAUGGGCGUUAAUACCGAAAAUGUGCAGCAUAACCAGCAGAACAAUGUCAUCUUGGAGGGUGCGCGAAAGCUGGGCUAUGCAGCCAAUACGGUACCUCAAAAUACUGGACACGGUGAGCACUAUUGCGGGUACUGCACGCUGGGAUGCCACUCAACAGGCAAGAAAGGCCCAACAGAAUCAUUUCUCGCAGAUGCAGCCCAGGCCGGUGCUACAUUCAUGGAAGGGUUUCAGGCCGACAAGGUGCUAUUUACCAAGGUCAAUAAUAAGCAGGUUGCUUCCGGUGUCGAAGGAGUUUGGAAAUCGCGGGAUUUCUACUUGGGACUCAGCGGUCCCGGCGUUGUUCAACGCAGAAUCAUUAUCAAGGCUAAAAAAGUCGUUGUGUCGGCUGGCACCUUGCAAAGUCCUCUACUGUUGCUGCGCAGUGGUCUGAAGAAUUCUCAGAUUGGUCGUAAUCUCUAUCUCCAUCCAGUCAUCGGGGGUGGUGCUAUCUUUGACAAAGACACCCGCCCUUGGGAAGGCUCUGCAUUGACAACGGUGGUGAACGAGUUCGAAGAUCUUGAUGGAAAUGGACAUGGCGCGAAGAUUGAGUCGGCAUCAAUGUUGCCCUCCGUUUUCAACCCACUAUUCCCCUGGCGAGGAGGACUGGAGUACAAGUUGUGGGCGGCCAAUAUGCGCCGCACCACCAGCUUUAUUACACUGACUAAAGAGCGCGACCCUGGGCGUGUAUAUCCCGAUCCCAUCGAUGGAAGAGUUCGCGUGGAUUACACCAUAUCAGCAUUUGACCGCAAGCACAUUGUGGAGGCCCUAAUCGCUAGCGCCAAGAUUGCCUUCAUUUCGGGCGCCAAUGAAUUCCACACAACCUACCGCGACCUCGAUCCCUUCAUCCGGCCUGAAGCCUCUGAUCCAAAUGCCCCCGAGGGCACCAAUGACGCAGCCUUGCAAAAUUGGAUUGCAGAGCUUCGUCGGAAGUCGCCUUUGAAUCCCGAGCGUGGCUUAUUCGCCAGUGCACACCAGAUGGGAACCUGUCGUAUGGGCGAAUCCCCCAAGUCAAGCGUUGUGGACCCGACCUGUCAAGUCUGGGGUGCAGACGGCUUAUACGUUGUUGAUGCCUCAGUGUUCCCCAGCGCAAGCGGUGUAAAUCCCAUGGUCACCAAUAUGGCUAUUGCAGAUUGGGCCAGUCGAAACCUCGCAGAGAAAUUGGGAUCAGUCCCAGGUGCCGUCAUGGCUCGACUGUGA